AUGCAUUCGGCCCAGAAAGACACCACCUUCACCAAGAUCUUCGUGGGAGGUCUUCCUUACCACACCACCGACUCAAGUCUCAGGAAGUACUUCGAGGUGUUCGGAGACAUCGAGGAGGCUGUGGUCAUCACAGACCGGCAGACGGGAAAGUCCAGAGGUUAUGGAUUUGUGACUAUGGCAGACCGGGCAUCUGCUGACCGUGCCUGCAAGGACCCCAACCCCAUUAUAGAUGGCAGGAAGGCCAAUGUAAACCUGGCCUACCUGGGAGCUAAGCCCAGGGUUAUACAGCCAGGCUUUGCAUUUGGCAUGCCUCAGAUCCACCCAGCAUUCAUCCAAAGGCCUUAUGGGAUCCCCGCUCACUAUGUCUACCCUCAGGCCUUUGUCCAGCCUAGUAUGGUGAUCCCUCAUGUACAACCCUCAAGUGCCACGGCAACAGCUGCCGCAGCCGCUGCCACCUCGCCAUACCUCGACUACACUGGUGCUGCUUAUGCGCAGUACUCGGCGGCAGCUGCCACCGCCGCAGCAGCAGCUGCGGCCGCCUAUGAGCAGUAUCCCUACGCGGCCUCCCCGGCCCCAGCCGGCUACAUGACAACAGCCGGUUACGGCUACACGGUCCAGCAGCCGCUCGCCACCGCUGCCACACCGGGUGCCGCGGCCGCCGCAGCCGCCUUCAGCCAGUAUCAGCCUCAGCAGCUGCAGACGGAUCGCAUUCAGUGA